CAGUUGUUAUAAAGCUGAGGAAAAUGUUGGCCAAUUAUCGCGCGCGUUAGAUAAAAGCGAGCCCUACAAAUAUUCAUGAAUAAGGGGCGCCCCGCUGUUUAGUCAGCACAUGCGUGGCAGCACCACGCUACUUUGGUUCUAUUGAGCAGCCGCCAUCGCGUUCUCUUUUCCGCGCAAGUCGGUGGAGCAGCUUCUUUGCGCAGAUUCAGAAACUUUGCCGAGUUAUUUUUGAUCCUGCCGUCAAACCAGCAAACUGGCUCAAGUCAGUCUUCACCAAGUGGGUUUAACCCAAGCUUUGUCGCAAAGCAUGUCCCAGACGUUGCAGAUGUCCCAUUCGAUGUCUCAAUCGAUGAGUCAAAUGUCCGACGAUGAACCAUCUUCGCCAGAGUCAACAACCUUCGAUGGCUCGGACUUGCUGAAUUCCACCGUCAGCGAUGAAGUAACCGCUCAGCUGGCCGCAGCGGGGCCUGUCGGCGUAGCUGCCGCCGCCGCCAUCGCGACUGGGAAGAAGAGGAAAAGACCACAUUCGUUUGAAACAAAUCCAUCGAUUCGGAAACGCCAGCAAACUCGUCUUCUCCGAAAAUUAAGAGCCACGAUAGAUGAAUAUACGACGCGCGUUGGACAGCAAGCUGUGGUGUUGUGCGUUUGCCCUGGGAAGCCAAAUCCGCUUUUCAAGGUGUUUGGAGCCGUGCCUCUAGAGAAUGUGGUUAGAAAUCUAAAACAGCUUGUUCUUCAAGACUUAGAGCACGCUUUGGCCGAACAUGCCCCUCCACCACCCCCAGAAAAUCCAGAUAUUUACACCCUCCCACCGCUGGUCAUAGAUGGCAUACCAACUCCUGUUGACAAAAUGACCCAAGCCCAGCUCCGAGCUUUUAUUCCAAUGAUGUUGCGUUAUUCUACUGGUAGAGGAAAGCCAGGUUGGGGAAAGGAUUCUACCCGGCCGGCUUGGUGGCCAUCUGACUUACCUUGGCAGAAUGUACGCAGUGAUUGCCGCAGUGAAGACGAGAAAGCUAGGAUAUCGUGGACAAAUGCUCUGCGACAGAUUGUGAAGAACUGCUACAAGUAUCAUGGACGAGAAGAUCUGUUGCCAGCCUUCUCAGAAGGAGAUGCACCACAACACCAGUAUGUGCAGCAGCCACAUCAGAUGGUGCACACGAUUUCAAAUGCUGAUGGCACCGUGUCCCUCAUCCAAGUGGACGCUUCAGGAGCUGUCAGCACUUUGUCAGAUGCAGCUACCUCGCAAACAGAAGCUACACAAGCAGUAGCCACCUUAGCAGAGGUAGCUGCAGCAACUCAAGUAGAGGUGACCCUUCCCCACCCAGGACAAAACGAAGCAGUUACAAUCGACCAAAGUGAAUUGUCUCACACAGAAGCAAUUGCACAAGCAGCUGUAGCCACUCUAGCAGAAGCCACCCUUGCUGAAGGCGGGCAGAUUGUUUUACCAGAACAUGCUGCUGCUGCAGCCGCUGCUCUGGCAAAUGUACAGGAUAACAUGAACACUUCUAACAUGGUGACCAUUCCUGUGCAGGCUGCAGCAUCUCUCAUGCAGAUUCAGACUCACCAUUUACCAGCAAGCACCCACUCUCAGUACAUGACUGCAUCAGUACCUCAAGUAGCUAUGGCCCCUCACUCAAUAAUUCAGACAGUAACGACCACAUCGAUGGGACAUGAGGUUCACACACAAAUUGUCGAUACCUGCGAGGGAGUCCCGGUUGCUACCCAAGCUGUAGAAGUAGUUACUCUUGAAAAUGCUCAGGAUCCCAUGAACUGAUGCUACUUCAAGGCAGGAACUGCAUCAUAAUGUAAAGAAAUACAGAGAAAAGCAAGAUGUAAAUAUGGGCUGUGUAAACAGUAACUACACGUGAAAAGACAAGUUAGAAUAAGAAUAAUGAAAAGAUUGGAGCUUUGGAUGAUUUUAGUGGAGAAAAGAAACAUUGUUUAAUUUUAAUUUUUGCUCAAAGACCUUGCUUCUUAACAUACACAUUACAUGUCCCAUGUACAUGUUAAGUUGUAACUUCUAAAUAUCAGACUUAUGGACCUGUUUUCAUCCAGAAAGUAAUAGUAUACUUGGGUACCUUGUUUUAGAUUUUUCCCUACAAGACAAAAACUUCUAACUUGAAUUUGUAUAUAAACAACUUAUGUACGUCAUGAAAUUCAGUUAUCGCUUUCACUUUCUGUUUUUUUUUUUCUUUGAAUGAAGUAAAACCAGUCUUCUUUAUUUUUGUGACAUGUUUUGCAAUCUGACUUGAGCAGUGUUAUGUUGAUUAACUUUUUUUCAAUGACAUGGAGACUGAUUUAUUUUUGAGUUGGAAAUAUUGAAGUGGUAUUAUUAAAAGAACCUAUGUAAACGUACUCUGAUGUGUCUAGAAUGAAAUUGUACAUUGUUAAGUGGUGGUGAUUUCAGAGCCCUUUUAAUUAAAAUGUUUAUUUAAUGUGUUACCUGUGUUGUUUGACUGUAUUUUCUCUGAAAUUUUCAGCUUUGACUAGUUUUGCAUCAAGUUAAAUAAUGACAUUACAUGUACUUGAGUUAAGGGGGGGAAGGGUACAUUAGUCAAUGUCCUGAAAUCUUUUUUAAACUCUUUGUUUGAGUACUGUUGGCAUGGAAAUCUCAAACCAGGAUUCGUGUCUCUUUAAGUACUUGAGAGAUGGAAUCAAAAUUCAAGGCCUUGAAAUUGCUUGGCAAGUGAAGUGAGCCCUUGCAAGUCCUUGAAAUUUGUUUAUUUUUUUUGCCAAGUGUUUCCCUUCCUAGGCUGAUGCAAAACCAAAAUGGAGCAGGGGCUGUUGUACUACCUUAUCGUGCAGAUACCAGUUCAAGAUGGGGUCCUUUUCAUGGGGUAUACUUUACUGCUAUCCUUUGAUGAAAAUUGUUAUGGUACUACCUAUCAAAAUCUGGUUGUUGUGAAAUGUUUGAAAAUGACGUGUUCAAAUUUGAUAGUGUGGAGAAAUUCUAAUAAAUGAAAACCACCUUCACUUCCAAUGAGAGAUGCAGAACCCGAUUUAAUUCUUAAGGCUGAGAGGAAAUAUGUACUUGAGAUUUUGCAGUUGAGCAAUACAGCACUUUUUCCAUGGUUACCUAGCCUCAUCUAAUCAGGAGGGGGCUUCGGAUAAUUGGAGACAGUAAUGCAAACCUGAGGUGCAAUAAAGGGUUUGCAUAACUUUCGAGAAUCAGUCUAACCCCCCGCCUCUAAGUGUUAAGAUGAGCAUAUGUAAAAUACUACUGCUUCUACAAAAUAUUUCUCAAGAAUGUGUUAAUGAAAUGCCACAACCUAUCGAAAAAUGUGUGUGUAGUAUUUCAGUUACUUUACAAUAAGAGAUGGAGUACCCCAGACCCCAGUAAGAACAAUGGCUACCCAGUACAUUAACAAUCAUUCAUUAUAAUUUAUUUAAACUUCCUUUUGAUUGUUUGGGAGACCUGCUCUGAUAUAUGAGGUUCAAGAGGAAGAAUUUAAGAACAAAGGGUGCUGCAAACUCUUUGUUGGGAGGUGGGAAAAGAAAGGGUGGAAAGUCAUUGGAACUAAGAGAUGUUGGGAAAAGUUUUGCCAGUUGGAAGGUGGGUAAAUGGGGGCUGGAAAGUCAUCAGAACCAGAAGUUUUGCCUAAAGUGCAGAGCAACUAUGGCCAGAAGUAAAUUGUAUUGUGUUCACCAGUGUGAAAUUGUGAGGCCCAACCAAGGUAGAAUAUGCAGCUUUGCACUGCACAAUUUUUCAGUAGUCAAAACUUACUUAAAGCUACGAGAAGCACAGUUGUUAAGACAAUUAAAAAUUAUCCUUAGUAUCUCUAAAUGAUUGCUUACAACUGACAAAGUAAUCAAAUCUUUCUCAACCAUGCCCAGUAGUUGUUAUGGUCUGUAACAUCAUAAGUUAUUGUGCAAUCUGUAAUAAGUUUUAACAUGAAGUGAACAGCCCUUCAACACAAUAGAUCCUUAGCACAAUUUUAUUCAUUCAAGGGUCACUUCUGUUGUCAUCAACAUGCUUACAACAUUAUCAUACAACAACAAAAAA